AUGGUGAAUUUCUUGUUCCUAUGUUGUCGCCUCCGCUGUGUUGGUGUGCUCGAGUGUUGGGGACUCUCCCGCUUUGCCUCCGCCUUGACAGAGGUCACUCUCCAGCCUCUCAGCCAGCAGGAUGUGGCUCGUUUGUUGAAAGGUGUGUUGUGUGCCAACGUUCUAAAGGACACGCUUCAAAUCAAGGAUUGUACAUGCUGUUACCUGUCACUACUCAGCCAUGGACCAAUUCACUUUUGGCGAUUGUUGUGGAAGCUUCUUCGCACUAGUCUUUAUAUGAGUACAGCUUAUCAUCCUCAAUUUGAUGGCCAGACUGAAGUCGUCAACCGUUCUUUGGGAGAUAUGCUUCACUGCCUGGCAGUGGAGUUCGUCGGUUCUUUGUCUCACAUUCAUAGACAAGUUCAUGAUAACUUGCAGACUUCGUCCGCAAAAUACAAAGCAACUGCUGAUAGAUAUCGACGCGAUGUCCAGUUCAAUGUUGGAGGUAUGGUAUGGGCCGUUCUCACUAAAGAACAUUUUUCUGUAGGCCACCACAACAAGUUAAAAGCACACAAGAUAGGUCCGCUGGAAGUUCUUGAGAAGAUGAAUGCUAACGCUUACCGUGUUCCUCUUCCUCCUCAUGUUCGUUGCUCAGAUGUCUUUAAUGACAAGCAUUUUUUUCCUUAA